CUGAGAUUGGAAAAUUUCCCAAUAAAACCAAAACGUCGAUCUGGAAAAAUCACCGCCUUCAGACCAGAAAGGAAAAAAACAUGAGGUCAAACAAAAAAGCCAGCCGCUUAAACGUUCGUUCUCUCUCCAUUUGCUAAUGGCGGAUCAAGGGUUAGUCAACACUGGCAAGUUUUCACACUUGUUCCCUACAAGUUCUAAGCAGUACACCUCUGGUAUCUCCAACACCGUCGUCGACUAUGUUAUUCUCUUUCGAUACCCGACGGCGCCUAAGAAAGGAAUGACCAGAGAGUCAUUAGCAACCUCUGUAUCCAACGGCUUUCAAGAACUAAGCGCCAAGCUUUUAAACUCCAACCUGAUGUAUCAGGUUAGGGAAGGAACUGAACCUGAUACGAUUUUGGUGUUCGUUUAUUGUCCUUGGCCGGUGUUGAAGAAGCACUUGUAUCAGUCACGAUUACACGAUUUUCUGAUUGGUGUUCGCGUCAAUACGCUGGACGAUCAUGAGCAUGAGAACGAGGAAGCACUAGAUGCCGGUCACAAACUCACCGAGGCUGAACGUCUUCGUCUCGUAUACGAGAUCAUCACUUCGCCUGCCAAUGAAGGAGGUGCUAAUAUCUCUCCAGAAGUGGAUAAGUAUGUUGAGAGCAUAUUCCCACUUCAUAACGAUGAGCUCAACAAGAAAUGGAUUGAAUCUUGGAGCCACAAGUGGUUCAUUCAAGAAGACGACUUGCAGCUGAUUCGCGACCAUUUUGGAGAAAAGUUGGCAUUUUAUUUUGCUUUUUUGCAAAACUACUUGCUAUGGCUGUCCGUGCCCGCAGCGAUGGGCAUCGUCGCACAUUUUGUGCUGAAGAAUACAUUCAACAUCGUAUACGGUGCUUUGGUCAUGUUGUGGAGUGUGGUUUAUCUCGAAGUCUGGCAACGCAAAGAGCGUAAUCUGGCUGUCAAAUGGGGCGUUCGCAACUACUCCAAACAUGAUAAACAGCAUUCUGGAUUCACUGGCGAGAAGAUGGUCACAGAUGAGAUCACGGGUGAAUUGGUCCCUUACUGCCCUCCCUGGAAACUGUUUAUACGUCGCGCUGUCACUGUCCCAGGUGUCGCUAUCGCUGCUGCUGGCCUCAGUCUUGUCGUGGGCUUUGUUUUCGCAGUGGAGGUGUUCUUGCAUGAAUAUUACAAUGGUCCCUUUCACAGAUUUUUGCAUUACGCACCCACCAUAGGAUAUGUCCUGCUUAUUCCUACCAUGUCUGGCUUCUACACCAAGUGGGUCAAAGCGUUGAAUGACUGGGAAAAUCAUAAGACAGAGGCCAGCUGGGAGUAUAGCUACACUCAAAAAAUCUUUGUUGCCAACUUCUUGGUCGGAUAUUUGUCUUUGUUCAUCACAGCCUGGGUAUACAUUCCAUUCGGGGACCACCUUUUGCCGUACUUGGAUGUUUUCAAUAUUCAACAUAACCAUCAGAAAGUAGGAACUGAACGACUCAAGGCACAACUUAUCUAUUUCAUUAUUACUGGUCAGGUUGUUGGGUUUUUCACGGAAAUGAUUCUUCCCCGCAUCAUGGCUAUCGUGCAACCCAAAAUCAUGUCCAUCUUGAAGCGAGGUAAUGGAAAUGGACGACGUUCGUCUGGUACAAAGGCGGGGGAUCCAAAUAGCAAGGAUCUAGACACCGCACCAAAAAUGACAGAAGCUGAAGGGGCCUUCAUGCAAAAGGUCAACAAAGAAGUUGCCAUGGAAGAGUAUAAUAUCUACACUGAUUAUGUUGAGAUGGUGAUACAGUUCGGCUACGUUAGCGUUUUCUCGACCGUAUGGCCCUUGACGGCCUUGUGCUGUUUCAUCAACAAUAUCAUUGAAUUAAGAGGUGACGCUAUCAAGGUUUGCAAAUAUACAAGGCGACCGAUCCCUCGGAGAGCAGAAAGUAUUGGACCAUGGUUAGGAAAUAUGCAAACACUGGUGUGGCUCUCAUCCAUCACAACAGCAUCGUUUGCGUAUCUCUUUAGAUCGUCAACGGACACACAUUCACCCUGGACUCCCAUUUUCACUAUCAUGGCCAUUAUGGCCAAUGAACAUAUCUAUGUUUUUAUUCGAUUUAUUGUCCGCUAUGCGAUCACAUUGGUACCCACCUGGGCCGACACUGUGGCGCGACAGGAGGAGUUUAAGCUGAAGAAGAGAUGGCUUGAUAGAACCGCUGCCAACGAAGAUGAAUACGUUGCAAAGGAAAUUGGAGAGAAGCAACAAGAAGUUGGAGAGCACGAGUCGUUUUGGAUGGAGCAUAAACAACCUGAACUGGAGGUGGAGUCAGCGAUAAGCACCAUCCAAGCAUCGUUCAAGAAUGACUGAAGAGUGAUGAUGACGAUCACGGGCGCGCGCAGAAUGCGCCGGCUGGAACUCCGCAAGUCGGGAAAAGGCAAUUUUGUCUCUUUGGUGUGCUUAUGUGGCA